AUGUCCCGCAACCGCCCCAGACCCAGAGACAAUGGAUUCGGCAAUAACGAGGAGUUGGAGCUCUGGACCAAGAUCUGCCAGGACAUUCGAAAAUCUAAGGAGAAGUUUGAUCAGCAGGCCUCAUUGUCCGUUCAAAUCAAAGCUUUGAUUGACAAGAUCACCAACGAUGGCAAUACAACCCUGGCCGAACACGACCAACUUGAUAGCUGGCUACGGCAGAGUCAAAAGCUCAGCGAGGAUGAACGCUCAAUCAUGCAGGACGAACCGUGCGAUGUAAUCAAAAAUCUAGAGCUGCUGACGGCAUUGCGCAAAGCAUCCGAGGCCGAGGCACCGCCCAAUCGAUCCGCGUCGUUUAAUAAAUCUCGCAAGAAAAGAAACGAGGUCGAUGGCUCGGUGACCGAUUCCCCCAGUGCCUCUGGGGCGGAUAAAUCCGCUCGCUCGAAAGGAACCGCGCCGCGCAGCUCGAGCGUCUCCUCCAACGCCCCUCAGCCCCGGGAUGGGGGUCGGCAGGAAAACAUCAUGGUCAAGAUUGAAGAGUCGCCGUCGGAGGGGACCAAGGGGACCAUCGCAGAGCGAAGUGGUGUCCUGCAGGUUGGAUCUCAAGUGGUCUUUAAACACAAUAAAAAUAAACAGGGCGUCGAGGGCGAGGGGAUCCAAUGCAUAAUCAAGGCCAUCACGGGGGAGGGGCAAAAGAAGCGUUAUGAAGUACAAGAUCCCGAGCCAAAUGAAAAUGGUGAGCAAGGUGCUGUCUUUAAAACGACUGCCGUCUCUCUCAUUCCCAUCCCGCAGAUGAGCGGCCACUUGACCGCGUACACCGCGGGCAAGCAGGUUCUCGCAAGGUAUCCCGAUACCACCACCUUCUACCGGGCCGAAGUGAUGGGGUCGAAGAAGGAUGUCUAUCGUUUGAAGUUCGAGGGCGAGGAGGACGACAAGGAGAUGGAGGUCGACCGACGAUAUGUGUUGGAUAUUCCGGGCAAAUGA